AAGGCUCUGACGUCAUUAACAGUCGACGGGACAUCUUCUUAUUCGGAUUGACUGGUCGGAGUGUAACACCAUACAUCAAAGAAGACCGAGGAAGAAAAUGCAGCUCUUCGGUAAAAUGUCUCUUCUGCUUCUGGGGAUUUCAAUGUCCCUGUGUGUCUCGGCCGAGCAGACAAAGGUAGUGGAGUUCAACGUCAAGCCGGGAGGAGUUGUGCACACUUUCUCUGAGAAAGUCAGCAAGUAUGAGUGCAUCUUCACCUAUGCUUCACAAGGAGGAACUAAUGAGCAAUGGCUGAUGAGUGUGGGCCUGAGCGAAGACGACCAGCUGUUUUCCUGCUCCGUGUGGAGGCCUCAGGGAAAAUCAUACCUGUUUUUCACCCAGUUCAAAGCUGAGCUGAAAGGAACCAAAAUUGAAUAUGCCAACGCUUUUUCAGAAACGGCAGUGACAGGCCAGCGUGACGUACCUCUGAAGCCAGACGAAUUUACCGUAGGAGAAUCAACAGUGACCCAAAGAGAUGGAAAGUUCAGCGCUCAGCUUUCCAAGUUGACCGUCAUUGGUCGGACGAGACAUGAAGAGCUGUGAUUGGACAGAAGUCUCGCUCUGCUGUGACCAAUCACAGCACCUCGGUGAACUGUGCUUCUGCUUGUUGGGAUUUCUUCCUGAGAAACGACCGAAAACGGAAGCAGCUUGAAGCCAAUAUUGGUUUGAGGGGACACGGUGAACCAGUUAUAGUACUUAUCCAGCCUUUUUCACUAAUUUUGUUUUUGGGAUUUGUUCUACAAAAGAUGAAGGAAUCAACUGAUUAUCCAGACUUUUCUGGAUCAAAAUCGGCCAUUAGAUUACGUGCUUCUGUAGUUGUUUCUUAGUUUGUAACAUAAAGAGAUUCUGGUUUGAUCCGGUGGGUGUGGGAAUGCAUAGCCUGGUGUUGGGAUGGGGUCUGUCCAGCUUAGAUACAUUUUAUAUUAGCAGGAGAUUUAUGCAUCUUGUGUAAUCCCGAGAGGAGAGUGAGUAAUCCCUGGUAUUGUGAAGCGGCAGCACGCAUCCAAACAAGUAGAAAUUGCUCUGUCUCGCUGCGAUCCGCUCUGCUGUUGAAAGAAGCACUUCAGCGUCUCCGUUUAUCUACAUCUGCUGCAGAUAACUCAAAGCGUCGCGUCUGAUCCCUCCAAACAUCAGCCAGGUUUUCGUUUCCUGCCAUUUCCCUCUGAUGAAACUAAACUACUUCUAAAAAUACGUCACAAAACAGAAUCAAAAUGCAAACUAUUGACGAGUUUGAGUCUAUAUGUGAAACUCGCUGUAUGGUGAGGUUAGUAUUAAUGCUAUACAUUAAAACAAAAUUAUAUAACAUGGCCUAAUUGCUUAAACAGAAAAUAGCUGACAUAUUGAUAUCAGUUAUAAUAAUGUUUAUUAAGAAGCAUAAUAGCACGUUCUUGUAGACUUGAAACCAGAACUUUUUAAACCUUCAGCCAGCUCAUGCCUGGUAAGAUGUAGAGUCCUGAAAGGUCUGGAGGAAUAUGGAAAAAUAUUGGAUUUACUCCCUUUUUUCCACUGACUAAGUGCUAAAAAGUCAAUGUCCCAAAAAAAAAAGCUUUUUUUUUUUUUUUUUUUUUUUACAUAAAUAUUGAGGUAAGUUCCUUUAUCACAUCUUCCCUUGUUGUCCAACUCACUGACCGGAAAUAAAUUAAUUUAAAGAUGCAAAAAGGGCCAUCGUUUCUCUACUUUAUUGGCCUCUAACAGUACGAACUCUUAGAACUGCUGGUUCUUAAAUUUUGCCAAGCAAACCCAUUUAUUUUUUACAACAGAUGGUGCGACUUUACAAGAAUAACAUCUGGAAGAUAUAAAGUAUAUUUAAUGUAGGAUUGUAGAUUUCCAAAUGGAGCUGAUAUCACUUUGCUCAAGUGCCAGAAGUGUUGAAGCAGCUCUUUACCCACUGAGCUGAAUAAUAAAGAAACCUCAGCGUUGCUUUAAGUUUUCUGGUAGUAAUAAUCCCCAACCAGAUCAAAGUUUUGUAGUCGAAUGCUAUAAAAGCAGCUGGGGGGUGGGGAAUCUAGAAAUUGAAGUCUGGAACAUUAGUGCAGAUGUUUAACUCAAAAGUAAUAAAAUGUAAAGCAUGCACAGACAUUUGGAGGUUUCUAGAUGAGGAAUAAAAAUGCCAGCGCUCGCUCCCUCUCGAACCUCUGGCUUUCAUCUCUCGGUGCCACAUGUGGGGAUCAGUGAGAAUAUUGUGCAGGUUUCAGAAGUGCUUCAUUAUCACAUGCCCCUCAUCUCCCUCUCACUCCUUCUUCUUCUUCUUCUCUGCUCUCCCCUUUCUCUGUUAUGCUCUGCGGCCUCUUUAUCUUACCGGCAUUGAUCCGAACCCUCAAACAGCACAAGUGUCCAAGGAUUGAAUUCAGAUUGGAGGAUUUCUCUGAUUUGACUCUGCUCUUGGAUUAGCUGGGAUAGGCGGCGUACCUUCGGUGUCUUUCAUCUGGUGUCGAGGCGAUCCCCCGGAGCGGAGGAAACGCCGGGUCCCUUUGUCACCAUCCAGGCUCUCUUUCUCUCUCAAGGGGGGGGGGGGGGCAGAUCAGGAAAAGAUCACACCUGGACCUCGACCUGACUCUGAGGGGAAAAAAACAACAAAAAAAAACAACUUGCGUUACUAAUUUUGUACAUGCGUCCUUUCUUUUUCUACCUGUUGAUUGCUGUGAAUCAUGAUGAAACUUGAUGGGUGUUCGAAUAAAGACACGUUGUCACCUCGGUGGA